CUGAAGAUAAUAGUAUCCUUUUCACUUCUCAGUUUAAUGAUGGCGUGCAAGAUGAAAGCCGCUUUCAGUUUUAUUUUAGCUUUGAUAUUGUUAACGAUAAGCGUAUCACAAAUUGAGAGUUAUUGUUUCUCUGACAGUGAUUGUAGUUCAUGGUUCACGAAUAAAUGCUGUAACGGAGUAUGCAAAUCCAGCUGUUGUAUUUUUGAUAGUGAUUGCUCAAAUGGAGAAUCUUGUUGCUCUGAUAACAAAUGUUCGUAUAGUUGCUAUGGAAAUUCUUGUACAUUUAACUCAGACUGUGGUACAGGAGAAUGCUGUGGUUCAGAUUAUCGUUGUAAGUAUGGCAGUUGUUUGGUUGCAACUACUGCUCGUAGUGCGGACAGUUGCUAUUCUGAUAGUGAUUGCUUAGUAGGAGAAUCUUGUUGCUCUGAUAAGAAAUGUUCGUACGUUUGCUACGGAAAAUCUUGUAUACUUAACUCAGACUGUGGUACAGGAGAAUGCUGUGGUUCAGAUUAUCGUUGUAAGUAUGGCAGUUGUUUGGUUACAACUACUGCUCGUAGUGCGGACAGUUGCUAUUCUGAUAGUGAUUGCUUAGUAGGAGAAUCUUGUUGCUCUGAUAAGAAAUGUUCGUACGUUUGCUAUGGAAAAUCUUGUACACUUAACUCAGACUGUGGUACAGGAGAAUGCUGUGGUUCAGAUUAUCGUUGUAAGUAUGGAAGUUGUUUGGUUACAACUACUGCUCGUAGCGGGGACAAUUGCUAUUCUGAUAGUGAUUGCUCAACAGGAAAAUCUUGUUGCUCUGAUAAGAAAUGCUCGAAUAGUUGCUAUGGAAAAUCUUGUACAUUUAACUCAGACUGUGCUUCGGGAGAAUGCUGUGAUUCAGAUUACACUUGCUCAUAUUGCAAAACUUAUACUCGUCUUGCUGGUUGGAUUAUUGCCGUCAUCGUGAUCAGUAUUAUUGUCGUUAUCGUUAUACCCGUUGCAAUUGUAAUAUUUUGUUUUUGUUGUGCUGCUACAGCAGCAGCAUCUUCUACACGACAUGCUCAACAUGGCGUGAUAGUUGCAGCACCAGCUACAACUGGAACUACAGUCAUAUCAAGCAAUCAACAGCAGAGUCAGCAAUAUAUGAUGCCACAGCCAACAUAUCCUCGAGCUCAAACUUAUCCCAAUCAACAACCACCACCAUAUCAACCCCCUCAACAACCAACUGUAGUGGGAAUGCCAUCCCAACAGCCAGACAAAAAAGCAUAUUGAACACUGUGGACAAGCAUUUGUUAAAGAUCACAAAAAAUCUGUGAGGAGACACUAAAAGUUAAUGCUACUUUGAUUAUUAGUUGUAGAUUUAUCAUACUUGGUGAUAAAAAUAAAAAUAGCACUGUGA